AUGUCAGCCACCGUCACAGCAGACUUAGUGUUCUUUUCCCAUCCCAAGGAUGGCUCUCCUCCCUUUAUCUAUGCGAGUGCUCCAUCCAGCGGGGAGAAAAGGAACUGGGUUGGGGAACAUCACGACGUCGAAAUAGAUAACGUCCGCGGGAAGCAGGGCACUUUCACUCUCGACAGCGCGGGUUUCCAGUUCGGUGACCAGGAGGCCAAGCACACCGCCUUCAUCAGCGACGAGGACGUCAAGAAGGAGUACUAUCCGGAGAGCAUUGAGCUCGUCAAGAGUAUAACGGGUGCGACUAGGAUUGUCCCAUUCGACCACACUAUCCGCCGGAGACGGCCAGGCGAAGCUGACGACUCGCCCGACAAACGUCAGCCUGUCCCGCAGGCGCACGUCGACCAGACGCCGCAGUCCGCCGUGGCACGCGUCCACCGCCACCUUCCCGCGUCAGACGUACCAGGCCUGCUCAAGAAGCGCUUCCAGAUCAUCAACCUCUGGCGGCCCAUCGAUCACCCUGCGCUCGACUGGCCGCUCGCGCUGUGCGACUACAGCUCGAUUGACCCUGCCGCGGACCUCGUCCCCGUCGCGCUGCGGUACCCCGACAGCGACAAGGACGGCGUGACCUUUGGCGUCAAGUAUAGUGAGGCGCAGCAGUGGAAGUAUUUGCGCGGCAUGCAGCCUAGCGAGUAUGUGCUGAUCAAGUGCUACGAUUCGAGGAACGACGGGAAGACCGCUACGUUCACCCCGCAUACCGCUUUUGCUGACCCGACCACCCCUGAGGGCACCCCAUACAGGGAGUCCAUUGAGCUGCGGCUGCUGGUGUUCUACGACUGA